AUGUCGAAAUUAUCAUUUAGGGCUCGUGCCCUUGACCCAUCCAAGCAGAUGCCCAUUUAUUUGGCUGAGGAGCUACCAGAUUUGCCGGAAUAUUCAGCGAUCAAUCGUGCGGUACCACAAAUGCCCAGCGGCAUGGAAAAAGAGGAAGAGUCGGAACAUCAUUUACAACGAGCAAUAUGUACAGGACUUAUUAUUCCGACGCCAGAAGUCUAUACCACCGAUCAAGAUUUCUACGACAGAAAUUAUCCCCCCAAUUACCGUAUGCCUCGGCAGUUGAUUCACAUGCAACCACUUGGUUUGGAACAAGAUGUACCCGAAUAUGAUAUGGAUAGCGAAGAUGAAAUGUGGAUAACACAACAACGAAAGCGUUUAGACUUAACGCCAUUCAAAUUUGAACAAAUGAUGGAUCGUCUUGAGAAGAGCUCAGGCCAGACAGUGGUUACAUUGAACGAGGCGAAAGCGCUGCUCAAACAGGACGAUGAGGUCAGCAUAGCCGUAUACGACUACUGGCUGAAUAAGCGCCUGAAAAUGCAACAUCCUUUGAUUCUUGCCGUGAAGACAGAGAAUCGGCCGGGAGCCUCAUCAAAUAAUCCGUACUUAGCUUUCCGCCGGCGCACUGAAAAAAUGCAAACGCGAAAGAAUCGUAAGAAUGAUGAGACUUCCUAUGAGAAGAUGCUCAAGUUGAGGCGUGAUUUGCAGAGAGCCACUACCGUACUGGAGAUGGUGAAGAGGCGUGAGAAAACUAAACGCGAACAACUGCAUUUGUCCAUAGAGAUCUUUGAGAAACGUGUCCAACUCAGAGAUUUUAAUGGCGCUUUACUUUCAGAGCUCAGUGCUACGCUUAAGAAUUCAAGACCCGCCUUCGCACCCCUGUAUGCUAACCAAUACUCGCAUCAUUCGUCAUCUUCAGGAGCCACUCCAACAGCUGUGGUACCAAGUGUGGCUUCGUCUGCAGCCGGUUUGAACAAUGUUAUGGGCUCUACGGGAUUAUUAACACCGGGAUCUGCUGGCAGUGUGACAACGCCAGGCGGUCAUAUAUAUUCAUCAACAUCGCCGUACCUGAAUUCCGCAAAUGUAGCCAUGGAUGGUUUAAAUGCAGGCAGCCGCAAAGAGAAGCGCCAGUAUAAGAAGCGCAAACACAAAGUACCCCGUGAUAAACAGCAACAAUUGCAUCACCAGCAGCAGCAUUUGCAGCAGCAACAACAGUAUUUAGCCAAUAUUGGUGUUAUACCAACAUCGGCAACCACAGGAGCUGCCUUGGGUGCUGCGGGUGUCGCCGGUGGUGUUGGUGGUCUUGGUGUACCGGUAGGUACAGCAACUUUGCCACACCACCUGCCGCAUCAUUUGCAUCAUCACCUGCAUCGUCAAAGUUCAUCGCCUGCGCCAAAUGAAUCCACCAUCGAAACCGAGGAAGAAGAUUUAGCGCACAAAAUCGGCUCAGAGAGCGAAGAAGAGGCUCCAUUUGCAUUUAGAAGAAAACAAGGCUGCGAUUAUUUAAGGUCGAGAUCCUUAACUGGCAAUUGGCCCUGGGAGCCAAAGGAGGAGUAUGGAUUCGGUGACACUAAAUAUCGCUACACCCUUACCUCCAUUAAACAUCCAAGGCCUUUUUGCAUUGGCUUUGCCCGAAGGCGUAUGGGUCGCGGUGGUCGAGUUCUGUUGGAUCGUGUAGCAUCGAAUUUUGAUGAUUUUUGGUCACAGCUUGACUAUACAAUACUGGAGACCAAAAUACCAGAUUCCAUUGACGUUGAAACCACAACGACGACGACAACAACAACAACAACUAAAAUUGAUACCACAAAACCCGCCUCACCACCAACCGUUGUUGAUUUAGUGCCCUCGGCCGUCACCGCGGCAUAUGGAUCACUAACAGCAGCAGCAACUACUACAACUACUACUGUACAUAAUGCAAAUACACCCGCCAUUACAAUUAAGCAAGAAAUCACAGAAACCAAUCAACAUGGCUCUUCGACGCCAGAUGAAAUCGACAAUGGUUACGACUCCUUGGAUGCAGGUCUCAACGGUUGCUGUGAAUACGAAUAUUCGGACGAAGACGAUGAACUGGAAGACGAACAUGGCUUGCACAUACAAAGGGAUCGGCUUUAUCAUUCGUGUCUAUCAAUGGCUAGCAGAAGGCGACGAAGAAGAAGGCAACAGUUGCAACAAAAUACAAAUGUUAAGCGACGAAAACUUAAUAAUGUUCACCUGCAACAGAAGGAAUGGGCAGCGGCAAAACGGCGUUUGUUGUUCAAAUUGUCGCAAUCGUUGAUGUUGGACGCCAGCGGCAAUGUUAGUAUCAAUGGGCGUGUAAAUAACUUGGGUAACCCCACGGAAAUCAACGCGGUCACCACGGACUGCAUCAAGCAGGAGAAAGUGAAUGGCAUAAAUCGCGACCAUGAUGACCUGGCACAAGCAGCCCUGAAGAGCUCACCUGUGUACUCGUCGCUGUGGGCGACGACAACAACAAAUCAUAGUUGCGCCCCUCCAUCCACCUCCACAUCAGCAGCACUCGCCCCCACCAUUGAUAAGUUAGGCAAUAGUCUCAUGCGUACUUCUUCAUCCUCGCCAGCAUCUUCUUCAGCAGUAGUUUUCGGCAUUAAUGUCAACAACAAUUGUAGCAACAAUGUUAAUAUGAACAUUAGCAACGGUAGUAGGAGUAAUAGCUGUAGUAUAAGUGACAAAACGAAUGUGAUAAAAACGGAAAUCAUCGUGCAGGAUGCCGAUUCAGAAAAUGCAUCGACAUCCUCUUGUGCCCCUGGAGAUUUGCAAUCACGGGUUAUUAAGCAAGAAAUGAUCGAUUCCUCUGCGCCCUCGAUAGCCUCGGCCGAUGAUUCGAAUGAGCCCUUGAGUAGCAUACAGAAACUGAACUCCUCUGGACCUGCAGCGACGUCAGCGUCAGAUAUAGUUGAAGAUGAGGAGAACGUAAACUUGGCUCAACUCAGCAACUUGAUUAAAAUCAAGAAAGAGGUGUUGGGCGAAGACUCUAGAGAUCAAAUGGACUUGUGGCAAGCAAAUAAUGGUUCAUCCACACAUCAGCAGCGAUCGGCGCUUCAGCAAGAUAGUGAUGAUGAUGAAGUUUCAUGUCUCAAUCAAAUGGCCGAUGUCAUACGUCAACAUCAUCUGAGAAAGGGGCCCAAGUCUUCGGCUGCCAAGGAUGCUUUGAAGGGUGUCAACGUAUUUAUCGAAGAGGUGGCCAACGAGGAAGAGGAGGAUAAGGAGUUAGCUAUGCUGGGCGGUUUGUCACCUACGUCAUCACAGCGCUUGGACAUUUGCAAUGAGCUGUUGUCGGAGAUACGCAGAGAUUGGUUGCACUUCCGCCCCAAAACUCCCACGGAAACCGAAAAGGAUGACUUUUGGUCCUUGGACUUGGAUAAUAAACUGUCUUCUCCUCUGGUCGAUUGGUCACAGCAAACAUCCAUAACUGUGGAAAUGGUGAGAGAGAACCUGAGCGAUGAAAACAAGGAAUCCAUAAAGGCGAAGGACACUCUGUGGAAAGAUAUGGAAUACAAAAACACGGCAUUUAUAACUCCUGCCUUUAAAUAUGAAGAUUUGGAAGCUGACACACAGCUGCUGCAGAAUUCCUUUAUAUCUGACAUUACUCGUGGCAGUAGUAAGAGCCCAGAGGCCAAUAAUAGCGCCUGUUUAGAUUUAAAUUUCAGCGGCGACUCACUGAAUGACAUCAAUCUAUUGGGUGAUGGCGACGAUGCUGAUAUGUUGGACAACAUUCUGCAGGAAGUUCAAAUAGAUGACAUUAAAACGUUGGCUACCAAUUUCUGGAAUGGAAUUUUAGAUGGUGAAAAUGUCGACGCUGAGGUGGAUGGUGACGUAGAAGCGGCAGCCGGUUUGCUGGAUGGCAUCGAUGAUGCCACAAAGAAAUGUGACAAAUCUCUGGGAGGUGGCGGCGGCAAGAAGGCCCACAAAGCAAAGGGAGGCAAGAAAUCAUGUGCAGCUUUAUUGGCUCCUGUGGGCAGCUCAUAUUUCAAUUGUUCCCCUCUGGAAUCAGCUACGGUUAAAGAUGAGACGUUCUUUAAGAGUGAAGAAAUCAAAAAGGAACCUAGCGAUGAAGAAUUGGACAGAGUAGAACAAGCAGACGACGAGGUGGCAAUAAAAUCAGAGCCCAUGGUUGUAGCUGAAGCCAAGCCGGAGAAAGGUUAUAUGAGAGAGAAUAGCACCGCUACAAUUGUUGCUGUGCCAUCACGGCAAAUGCAGCAGCAGCAACAACAGGUGGUAUCAACCUCCCCCUUGGUAAUGGCUACCUCGUCGAACGCCGCCUGCGUUGGCUUAGGUAGUCAGCGUGAAAUAAUGCAACAAACUCCCAUUGUUAUUGCACAGCCGAUGACCCAACAGCAGCAGCAGCAGCAACAGUUAAUCGCUCACUCGACGCCACUGCAAGUCAUAGGAAACGCCAUUACGAUAAAUCCUGGCGAAAUGGUGGCAACACAACAAAAACAAAUGCAAGCGGCCACCUCCGAGCUAUUGCACCAACAGAUGGCGCAACAGCAACAAUUAACCACCAUACAGGUACUACAGCCGCCGGCCGGGCAGCAGAUACGAAAUGUUACCGUUCAACAAAUUCAACAGUUGCAUUUGCAACAUCACAAGCAGCUCAAGCAGAUGCAGCAACACCAGCAGAAACUAUUGAUGGCACGUGGUGCAGAUUUGGUUAGCACAUCAUCCAACAAUAGCGGCGUAGCAAGCGCGGGCACUUCAGUGAUAGCCCAGUACGUUCCCACCACCAGCAACUCAGCCACUACAAUAAUGCGCCAGCCAACCCUGACACCCAUAGGUGCAUCGAGUGUUAACAACAGCAGUGGACAAAUGAUUUACACCACAACAUCGGCUGGAGAUGUGAUAGGCACAGCUAAUUCACAAAAGAUAUACCUGCAAAAGGCUCCCGUUUCGCUUGCCUCGACCUCACAGGGCGUAAAUAUCAUUAACACCAGCAGUGGGCAACAGUUGACAGUACAAAAUAUUGCUGGCGUGCAGCACAUAAAUGCAAGUGGUAAUGGUUCAAAUGCAACGGCGGGUCCCCUAAUUGUUACCACAUCAGCGCGAAAUGCCGUCCAGCAGCUUACACAACAACAGCAGCAACAGUUGGUUGGUCAGCCUACACAACAGAUAGUUUGGCGGCAUAUUGGUGCGACAAAUGUCACCACAACACCGGCUGGUAUGUUGGCUGGCACGGCAACCAAUUCCGAUGGCACAGUGACGUCAACAUCGGGAACGGGCAAUAAAAUUGUGUGGACUAAUCGACCAGCGCAGAAGCGGCAGCUAAAUGGUCCAGAAAAUACAGAUAUUAAUAAACUGCUACUAAAUCGGAAAUUUUCACAACGAAAAAUUAUUACCCAACAACAGGCCCAGCAACAAAUUUUGCAACAACAACAGCAGCAACAAAUUUUGCAACAGCAACAACAGCGGCAACAGUCGCAAGAUGAUGAACAACAACUAAAUGUUAUGAAUGCUUUGAGUGGUCAAGAUACAACAACAACGACGGCAGUUACAUAUACAACGCAACAACAUCAGCUGCAACCACAACAAUUAAAAAAUGUUGCCGGUAGUAAAGUCAUUAAAAUGCCAUCGUUUCCAUUGAUUGUAUCCGAUGUAAAUAUGCAGCAGCAGCAACAACAACAACACCAUCAACAAACUCAGCAGCAGCAACAACAUCAGUUACAACAGCAAAAACAUAAUAACGCAGCUGCUAUUGCCGCCAAUCACAAUUAUAGUUUGCAACCGACUGCUGCUGCCAUUAUAACGUCACAGGCAUCGCAACAGGUGGGUGGCAAUAAAAUCUACCUUACCACAAGCUCAAGUAGUGGAGCCGGAUCGAAUUUCACCAUAACCAAUGCCUCCGAAUUGCAAUCGGCCGCACAAAAACUGCAGCAGCAGGCGAAUAAUAGCAAUUUGAAAUUGAAUUUUCUUGCUGCCGCCACCAGUGGCCAAGCAAGCCAGCAAGGCAGCACCGGCGGCAUUACAGUACAGCAGCAACAACAGCAAACAGUUUUGCUGAACAAGGCCAGUGUACAGCAGCAAUUGUUGUCGCAGCAAUUGCUACAGCAACAGGGUAAAAUGAAGAGAGAACGAAUUUUAAAUAUAAUCGGGGCGUCGGUGGACUCCGCGUCAAAUGCAACAACGGGCACUGUCACAGCCACCUCUGUGGGAGGCUCGGUUUCGGGUGAUAAUAGUAGUAACAAACGCGUUUUGUAUACGAGUCUGGUGAAUGUCAAGCAAUUGCAAAAGAACAAUACAGGACAAAUGCAGGUACAAAUAGGUCCUCAAGGUGUGGCCCAUGCGGUACUACGCAGCCGCAUAGGCAACAAUCAAAUAUUUACCAAUAUGAGAACGGUGCCAGUGGCAACCGUGGCAGCACCAGUGGGCAACAAUCAUAGUAAUGUGGUAACAGGUGGUGCAGGAACAACAGUGCAAGUGGUCUCAUCUUCUGCGGCAUUGGCGGCAUCGUCACAGCAAACGAAUCUAGUUAACUCAAACACAAUAUCCGCCACUUCCAAUAUGAACAAUUCGGCAGAGGGUAAUAUGCAACUUCAAAUGUCCUCCAACACCAGUACAGUGGGAGAUAUUAAUGCCUCUGGAGGUUUAACGAUAAUUAAUUCGACAGCCGAUUUGAAAACUGUAACAGUUUCUGGUGGUGUUGGCAUGGAUUCGUCUUCACCUGCGGCAACAAGUAGUCCUGCUGCAACCGCAAUUAAUAGCAGUGGCAGCAAUUCAUCGAAUGGUGGCACAUCCAAUAGCAGCAACAACCAAAACAACAGUAGCAGCAGCAGCAGCAAUGUCACAACAACAAACAGCACCACGACAAUCAAUAGGUGAGACGAGGUAAGAUAACUACCAUAUAGGGUCUUUACAAAAAUGGAAUUCCUCAAAAAUGUAAAUAUGCAGCAAGUGGCUGAGAAAUUGCUUAACACCAGCAAAACAAAGCGUAGGAGAGAAAACCACAACAACAAUAGCAACAAUUUCAACAUCCAUUUACUUAAUGGCCGAAGAAAUUGUAUUACAACUCAAACUGUAGAUCAAUGUUUGUAUUCUCCUGCCAAAGUUAAUGCUGCUGCUGCUACUGCAACAACUGCUGUUUUUGAUUACUUUUGACAAUAACAAAGAACAUUUUAAAAACAACAUCUACAACAACAGCAAACACAGGAACAAAACAAAACAAACAAAAAAUACCAUUCCACUUAACAGCCUAAUAAUAAUAGACACUCACUCUCUCAUAAAUUAAUUAACAGUAGAAGAAGAAGAAAAUCAACAAACAAAGGGUGGCCACCCUUCGUCAGCAGAGGUGUAUAAGGUGUACAGAGCAGAAGAGCAACGCCGUAGUCUUAUGAGUGUGUGUUUACAGUUAGAGACUCUGUCGCCUUUGCAGAGGUUUGCUUUUUCUCUGUGGCAGAGAGUAUGUAUGGUAAAUGAAGCGUUAACCCUAAUAUUUUAAUAAAUUUUCUGGCGAAUUUA